GCGCCUCCCCUCGCUGUCAGGGAGCGACGGGACGAGUUGGGCCGGGCGAGCGAGAGGGGCUGAAGUGGCCCCGUGAUUUGGGAAUGGCUCUGAGGGGCCCGCGGUGAGCAGCUAGGAGCCGUCGUCGCCCUGGCGGAGACGUGACCCCCGCCACGAUGUUUAGGAGGAUUUUGCAGAGGACUCCAGGCAGAGUGGGGUCUCAGAGCUCCGACUCUGAUUCAUCUGCAGUCCCUGGAAAUGCAGUGGAUGUCAACAAUGAGAGCUCUUCAGAGGGAUUUAUUUGUCCUCUGUGUAUGAAAUCCCAUGGAUCAGCUGAAGAACUUUUCAAACACUAUGAAGCAGUUCAUGACUCUGGUAUUGAUACAAGUCAUGGAGGAGAAUCCAACAUGUCUCCAAACAGAGAUGACAUAACGUUACUGCGACAAGAAGUUCAAGACUUGCAAGCUUCACUUAAGGAGGAGCGAUGGUACUCUGAAGAGCUGAAGAAAGAAUUAGAAAAAGUUCAAGGGCAGAGGCAGCAAGAGUCGAAACCUGAUGGACUAGCAACAUCUGCAUCUACAGAGUUAGAAUCGUUAGAACAUCAGCUGGAAGAGAGUCAAUUAGAAAAAUUUAAUAUUAAGCAGAUGAAAGACCUGUUUGAGCAGAAAGCAGCACAACUAGCUACUGAAAUUGUGGACCUUAAAGCCAAACAUGAUGAAGAAACAAGCCUUCGAGAAGCUGCAGAACAGAAAGUGGCUAAUUUGACACAGGAAAUACAGAAAGAAAGAGGUGUAUGCAAAGAUUUAAAAACAGAACUGCUUCAAAGGCCUGGGGUGGAAGAUGUUGCUGUUCUAAAGAAGGAAUUAGUCCAAGUUCAAAUGCUGAUGGACGAGAUGACUUUGGAGCGUGAGAGAGAAUCUGAGAAACUGAAAGAUGAGUGCAAUCAUCUGCGAGCAGAAUGUAGCACCUCAGAGGCUACUAUCAAUCAACUAAGAGCAGAACUUGCCAAAGGACCACAGGAGGUUGCUGUAUAUGUUCAGGACCUUCAAAAACUUCAAACUUCAGUUAAUGAAUUAACACAGAAGAACCAGAGUCUUGCAGAAAAAUUGAAAAAGAGAGAGUUGGAUUACACUCGGUUAGAAGAAAGGCAGGGUGAAGAAUUAUUAAGUAAAAAGAAUCUGCAAGCAACCCUUAAUCAAAAGGACCUGGAUUGUCAACAGCUUCAGGCAAGGCUAUCUGCGUCUGAGGACUCUUUACAGAGGUUACAGAAAGAAUUACUUGAAAGGGGAGAAGCAAGUCAGAAACUUAAGGAAGAAUUGUCAGAAGCUGAGACCAAAUACCAGCAUCUUAAGGCAGAGUUCAAACAGCUUCAGCAACAAAGGGAAGAAAAAGAACAACAUAGUCUGCAGCUUCAGAAUGAACUCAAUCAGUUGCACAAUAAACUUCUGGAGACGGAGCGCCAACUUGGCGAAGCACAUGGCCGGCUAAAAGAGCAGAGGCAGUUGUCUAGUGAAAAGCUGAUGGACAAGGAACAGCAGGUGGCUGACCUUCAGCUAAAACUUUCACGUGCAGAAGAACAGCUAAAGGAGAAAGCAGGAAAUGCAACUGAAUUACAGCAUCAGUUAGAUAAAAUGAAACAGCAACAUCAGGAGCAACAGAAUCUUCAGCAAAGUACGACAGCAAAGCUGAGAGAAGCCCAGAAUGAUUUGGAACAAGUGCUACGUCAGAUUGGUGAUAAGGAUCAAAAAAUCCAAAACCUUGAAGCCUUGUUGCAAAAGAGUAAGGAGAAUAUCUCCCUGCUGGAAAAAGAAAGGGAAGACUUAUAUGCCAAAAUUCAAGCUGGUGAAGGAGAGACAGCAGUUCUUAACCAGCUGCAGGAGAAGAACCACACUUUGCAGGAACAGGUAACUCAGCUGAUGGAAAAAUUGAAAAAUCAGUCAGAAAGCCAUAAGCAGGCCCUAGAGAAUUUGCAUGAACAGGUGCAAGAACAGAAGGCCCAUCUAAGAGCCUCUCAAGACCGCGUUCUUUCCUUAGAAACAACUAUAAGUGAGCUUAAUAGUCAGCUUAGUGAAAGCAAAGAAAAAGCAGUGCAACUUGAUUUACAGGUAAAAGCAAAGACUGAAUUGCUUCUGUCAGCAGAAGCAGCAAAAGCUGCUCAAAGAGCUGACCUUCAGAAUCAUUUGGAUACUGCCCAGAAUGCAUUACAAGAUAAACAGCAGGAGCUAAAUAAGGUCAGUACACAAUUGGAUCAAGUUACUGCUAAGCUGCAUGAGAAGCAGGAAUACUGUAUGCAGCUGGAAACCAGUCUUAAAGAGUACAAAGAAAAGCAACUUCAUUUAGAGCAAAAAACUGAAGAGCUGGAAGGUAAUCAGAAGAAACUUGAAGCUGACAUUACUGAAGCUGUGGGAAUUAAAGAAAAGACACUUCAGGAACUACAGCAACAAAGACAACAAUGUACAGAUUUAAGCCUCAAAGCUGCGGAACUUAUCAAGCAGCUAGAUGUGGAAAGGGAAAUAAUAUCUAGUACCAAAUUAGACCUGCAAAAGAAAUGUGAUAGUCUAGAAGAAGCAAACCAACAGUUAUUGAAGCAAGAGGAAGAAAAUGCAAGACUGAAACUGGAUAUUGAGAAAAUACAUCAAGAUGCAGACAUACAGCACAAGGAACUCAAUGGAAAAUUGGAAGCAGUAACGGAGGAUUUGAAGAAAAUGAAGUCGGAAAAAGAUACUCUAUUAAAAGAACUUGAAGUCAUCAAAGACAAAUUGGCCAAAAGCACUGAAUCUUUGAAAGAAGCAAAUGAUGAAUUGGAAAAGGAGAAACAUAAAGGAAAGGCAGCAGUGGCAGAAAUAGAGAAAUCGUGUCAAGAAGCUAUGCAUCAACUUCAGCUACAGUCUGAAUCUAUAGCUAAAGAACAGAAUGAACUGAAAAACCUGUUGGAAAAACAAGAAGGGAUCUCCAAGCAGCUGGCAAUAGAACUUGAUUCAGCACGAGCGCAAGUCCAACAGAUGCAAGGAGUUCUGAAAGAAAAGGAAAAGAAUGAGCAGCAGUUGCAGUUGAAGGUGAAAGAACUGAAGGAAUCUUUUGACCAAAAGAAAAAACAAAAUGAAAUACAGCAAGCUGAAUUAAAAACAGCUCUCUUAGAAAAGGCAGAACUAGAGAAUAAACUACAACAGCAGAUAACAUUGUCAGCACAAGAGCUUACAACAGAGAGAGAAAAGAUAACAGAGCUGCAGAAAGCCCAUAAAAAAACCCAAGAAAAUAUGGAAAAGCUGCAACUGGAUUUUUAUGGUAAAGAAUCUGAGCUCUUGGCUACACGACAAGACCUUAAGUCCAUAGAGGAGAAGCUUGCUUUGGCUCAAGAGGAAUUAGUUUCAAACAGAAAUCAAAUUACUAAUCACAAUCAGUUGAUCAAAGAACUUAAGACUCUAAGAUCUACACUGGAACAAGAUUUGUCCAAAAAGGGACAGCAGCUGAAAGAGCAGGAAAAACUCUUACAGGAAAUACAGAAAGACAAGGAUUUAAAAGAAAAAGACUUGGCUAAUGAAAAAUCAAAAACUACAGAACUCCAGAAUAUAAACAGCAAACAGGAAAAAGAAAAUUCAAAACUGAAGGAGGAAGCUAGAAUCUGCAAGCAAGAGUAUGAGAAGGAGUUAACAAACCUAAAGGAUGCCAAGGAGCUGUUGAUUAAGCAGAAGUUAGAAUUACAGGGAAAGGUUGAUACCAUUAAUACAGCUCUUGAACAGGAGAAAAGGAAUCAAGAAGUUAUCAAAGAUCAGCUAAAAAAGAGAGAAGAUGAAUUGAAGAAAAAAUGUGCUGAAAUGGAAGCAAAACUGAAAGCUGAGAUCAAGGAGAAAGAGGAACAGUAUAAAGACCAUAAGGAUGCUGAAGAUAAGCUUAGUAUGCAGAUCACAGCUCUGAAUGAAAAUCUAGGAACAGUGAAGAAGGAGUGGCAAAGCAGCCAAAGAAGGGUUAGUGAGCUAGAAAAACAAACGGAUGAUCUACGUGGAGAGAUUGCAGUACUGGAAGCCACAGUACAAAAUAACCAGGAUGAGAGGAGAAUGUUGCUGGAAAGGUGCCUUAAAAGUGAAGGAGAAAUUGAAAAGCUUCAAAGCAAAUUGAUGGAUGCGCGAAGGAAAUUGGAUGAUACUACUGCAGCCAUGCAAGAGCUAGGCAGAGAGAACCAGUCACUUCAGAUCAAACAUACACAAGCCCUAAAUAGGAAAUGGGCAGAAGACAAUGAGGUUCAGAACUGCAUGGCCUGCGGAAAAGGUUUUUCUGUAACAGUAAGAAGGCAUCACUGCAGACAGUGUGGAAAUAUCUUCUGUGCUGAGUGCUCAUCAAAAAAUGCCUUAACUCCUUCUUCUAAGAAACCUGUUCGCGUCUGUGAUACUUGUUUCAAUGACUUGCAAGGAUAAUUACUCAUGACUCUUAAAUGUUAUGCUAGAAUGAAGUUUCUGUUAUGCACUUCGUACAACACUCAGACUACUGUUUGGUUUGGGCUAUGAUUGUAACAAUGGGCAAAAUUAUAGUAUAGUUGAAAACAUACUUUAUUGAUAAAGUCAAACAAAUAUACUUCUUGUGAGGCUGAAGUUAUCUAUGGCUUAUUUGGUCUUGAUCCUAUCAGAGCUUCUGUGUCAAGUUUGUAAGUCCCCAGUAACUAGUAAAUAAAGUUUAAACAGAGGAGUAACAAUGUAUUUUUUUAUCUUGAUUUGUUCAAAAGUAAUACCUUUUAAAGUGAGCAUAUUUGCAGGGAUUUUGUGUAUAUUAUAUUGCUGCUGUAAUGGUAUAGUUACAAUUUAAUGGCUGCAUUGGAGUGUGUAAACAAGCCACUUUUUUGCCAAUUUCUUAUUUUUUCUUUUCAGUAUCUGUCCUUCCCCCCCAUGCACACCACUUCUGCACUGUGUACCCUACUAAAGGAAAACUCCCUCGAAGAAACAUUUCAGGCAGUUUCAUUAUAAUGUCACUAUAUAUACUACACUGAACAUGUAAAGCAUUGUCAAGACUGUAGUGUAGUGUAUGUUUGACAUUUCUUCUAAUACUCUGUGUUAUAUUAGAAUUAGUAAUUAGAUGUGCUACAUCAUCCUAAAUAUGCAAGUUCCUAUUCUUAAACAUUACAGAUGGGGCUAUAUUUUUUUCUUUCUUUCUCGCUUUUAUUGUCCUUAUACUCAUUUACUUUUCUCUUGUACUUCUAAAACAAUUCUUGUUCUGUUCUCAGAAGAAGCAUUGCAUGAAAGAUCCAGGUAAUAUAAAUAGGAAAUGUUGGAUUUCAGAGAUAAGUAGUUAGGGAAGAAUUUAGCUUGGAAUUCCAAAAUUUUACUAGAUACUUUUUCUUUCACUUUCUCAGUUUUGGAUAAUGGUUUGUUUAAAAUAGCAAAAAACAAAGAUAGUCAUGCUGGUCCAUGAGUAAAGCUCCCAGAAUCCAGAAUCCAGGGGAAAUGUCCCCAGCUUAGCAAUACCUUCUUAGGACCAAAAUGCCAGAGUUCUCCAUCAAGCUGUGUAGUAUAAGAAGCAGUUUAAAGGGAAGAAACAGAAAAGUUCAAAAAUUAGACCAUAUCUGGAAGCCAUGAGGUCUUGCAGUACAGACUCAAUUUCAAAACUGGCUGUUUUCAGAGAUGGGGUUGGACAUCGCUUCUUUGUGUCAGAAUGCUUGGUGUUAUCAGAGACUGUAGGACCUAGCAGUGAUUCAUUCAGUCUGCAUUCACCAUUUUGAAAUGGAAACUUUUCCCUGAAUAAAAUACACAGUGACAUUUAAAGUUAAACCUUCUAUUUUCAUGGUUUGUUUCUUGUUUUAACUGGCCUAGAAGAAUAAAAAAUGAUUUCAGCAAGCAAAGUUGUUGCAGAUUGACAAACUGGAGUUUAGAUUUAGGAAGAAAGGAGAAGCAAUGAGCUGAACCCAUGAUAUUUGUAUAGGCACCCUAUGUACUUUGCAUACCUAAAGUUCCAAGUUCAUUUCCUUAUUCUUCCAGAAAAAAAGAUUUUAAAAAGGAUGAAAAGGGGUUCAUAGGCACCAGGGCUGGAAAAGACCUUUUUCCUGGUGCCUUGGAGAGCAGUCAGUUAUGGGUGAGACAGGAGUGGGCUACCGCUUGGAGCAGGCAGUGGCAAAGAAAUGUCAAAAAUAAAUAAUUGUAUGGAUAUAAGGUGGCUUCAAAUGUUAAAAAACCCCUCACAUCCAGAUGGUUAAAUACAAAUAUGAUGUACGCACCUUUAAAACUCCUGACUCAGGUAUGCUCAGUCCGUAUACCAGAUUUCUUAACCAUUUAGAUGUUACUUAGCCAUCCAUCCUUUUUCAUUACUUCCCUCUCUAGGAUAAAAGGUGGAGGAAAGUAGGCUCCUAAGUAGUGUCAUGGGUGUUUUAAUCAGUUUAAUCUGUAUAAAUAUGCAUAUAAGCUAUUUCUGAAGAAAAACUUAUACUUGGGUUUUAUAUGAUUUGCACACAUGUUGUAGGAGGCACUAUCUUAUGACAAAUGUUUCCUUAUGUGUGAGAAAAGGGGAAAUUUUUUUUCUAAAAUGGCCUCUGUCACCUGCAGCAUUUGUACUGGUCCAGAUUUAGGCUAGAUCAACUGCCCUAGUGGGAAUGAGAUCUGUUGCCCCCUUCUUCCUAUGGCAGUCUCUCCAGCCCCCUGAAAUGCGACAUAGAGGGCCAGGAGACUGAUCAGUUUGUCAAACUGUGGUGGAGAAUCCUAAAAAUGCAGACAGAGAUACCUUCUGCUAGCAGAGCCCAUUCUGUUGUGGCAGGUAUUUUUGGAUCCAACCCUGUGUAGCUACUUGUAUUCAAAAGAAUUUUUAAAGAUAAAUCAUCUAUUCUCCAGUUAUACUGAGUGUUUAAUAGAGUAAAAUGUUUUUAACUGAUUUAAUAGGUUGAUUACACAUCAUGGCCCUAGAAAUUGUACACAUGUGGAAAUUGAGAAAUAACCAUCUUUGUCCAGAAGAACAUUUGGUGUUGCUAUAGUUUAUAGAGCUCUGAAUGACUUCAGUAGAAACUCAAGGAAACCUAAGGAAGGGUAAGAAAAUAGCAUUGUCACUUGCACUAUGCACUUUCUUUCUAGUGUAAUCAGCACAAUAUGCAAGAAAUGAAACAACUGUUUUGCCACAACUGUUGCAGUAGUAAUUGGUCCAUAAGGCUUAGCUAAGAGCUCAUUUGAAAUUCAUAGUAACUUCAUGUUGGUGUUUAAGAAUGUUGUUCCCAUAAUUCCUAUGCAUUUCAGACAUCUUAUUUAUAGUGAAGGAAUCUGCAUGUUUCUUUUUAAUGAGCAUAGUUCACUUUUAAGAAUUGGAAUGCAGACAUAACAGCAUUGCACAUUUUAUGUUGUUAGUUGAAUGGUUUCCAUUGUUCAUGAGCUGCUGUUUUUUCAUCAUUAAACCACACUAGAAUUUACAUGGUCUCUUUUCAGACCAUAGCAAUAAAUAGAAAAAUUCCCCACUUAAGAGUACAUGUUUUCGUGUUCGAAUUAGGUUUUUUAAAAGCUAAAAAACUUUACAGUAGUAUACAAUUGUAAAACAUCCAUAGUUGCUAUUUAAGAAUUAAAAUCUACAAAAUGGAUAAAAGCUGCUAGUUUUCAACACAGACUGUUUGGCCUUGACUCAUGAAGCAACACAGUAUACUAUGUAGUCACUGUAUAGAAGGUUGACUGGAAGACUUUCACUGUAUUAACUAGAAUCUUUUCAAGUCCAUUGGAUAUGUCUUUCUCAAUUGUCAUGUCUUCAAAGUCCAUGUGAAUAAGUUUUAGUACAGGCCUUGUGGGCUUCUCUCCCCCCCCCCCCCCAAACAUUGUUCAUUGUUGACUGGUAUGCAGGUCCAGGCUUCCUGUUGUUAGUUCACUUGCAACAUACAUUCUCCCAUAUUAAAUCCCAACUCUGAGCACCAAAGGGAUAAGAAAAAGAACAACACAGUGAAUUAACACACACAGAAACCUUUUAUAAUACAAAUCUGUCCAAAAUGCUGCUUGUAUAGGAUUUGUCACUUUUGUAAUAAAACUAUUUUAAAAACACAAAAACUCUAAUCUGACUCUCAAUGCCACUAUAUAAGAUUUUGUUUAAACUACCUCUUGAAAUGAAACUCAACUUUAGACAAGUUUGAUUGGGUUUCCUCAUUAUAAUGUUAGGUAUGGUGACUUCCAAAUUUUCAAGUGUGUUGUCUUACCAAAAAUGUAAUAUUUGGGUGUGUAUGUUUAUGUAGGCUUCAGUUGUUACAGAUCCACUUGUGGUCAGUUCUAGAAACUUGUAGCGGUUGGACAGAAAUCAACACAUAAACUGUUGGACUAUAUCAGCUAUAUAGUCCACUGGAUUAUAUGAGCUAUACAUGUCACAUUGGCAAUUGGCUUAUGUUAAUGUUCACAUGCCAUAAACUAGCCUUUAUUUCCUGUACUCUAGACAAGAAGUUGACUAAUGCUAUUAUGCUAUAAUGGGUAUGUGCCACAAAUUGUACUGUCCCGUUGGCCUCUUUGAAAUGAUUGGUUUCUUAUGGUUGCAGAUGUGAAUAUUGUGCAUAGUAUUAACUGAUUUUUUCUGUAUAAUUGUAUAAAUUAGAAUUGGAAAAAUUAUGUGCUUACUUUAUAUUCACAGGUGAUAUAUUAAGGUAGCCUUAUCUACAUAACACUGAAGUUCUUUCUCAACUGGACCUUACAUUCACAUUAUCUGUAGAUAGUCUUGCAUGGCAAUUUUUAUCAGUUGGAGUCUCUUAACUCCUCCUUUCAGUGGUGUGUUUAUGACUUGUAGUCAUGUAGUUGUGCCUUACGUUGUGAAAGAGUUUAGUUCGGUAUGCACAGUAAUCCCUAAACUCUGCAUUUGGAAAGUAAUGAAAGCUGAGGAGCAAGGAAAUGACACCAAGUAUCAACCAAUUCUGUAUGAAACACAUGGGUGGAAAAUAUUUCAAAUACUUGUGAAAAUAUUACUUUUUUGUAUUCUAAUCUGUAAUUGGGCUGAAAAUAAAAUUAGACCUUUCUAAUAGACCA